UUAUUGCCGGUCAAACGUCAAUGUACUACACCGUACUGUACGGAUUGUGUGUAAGAUCAAGUAUACAGUCGAUGGUUUAUGAGAAAUCUUUGAGUUUAUCCACGUUUGCUACGACUGGGGGCGACAUGACCGUGGGUCAGAUCACCAAUCACAUGUCGACGGACCCAAUGAACCUGCUCUACAUGUUCCAGUAUUUUCAUUUUCUAUGGACUGUUCCUUUCCUGGUUAGCGUUGUUAUCUACGCUCUAUACACUAAGCUCGGUACUGCAGCUCUCCUUGGCUCAAUGGUUUAUGUACUCGUCAUUCCUCUUCAACUAGGCAUCGCUAACUUCAUGGCCAAACACCAGAAGCGGGCACUGACUUUAGCAGACGAGCGACUGAAACAUUCGAACGAGAUUCUGCAAGGGAUCAAGCUGCUGAAGUCUUACGGAUGGGAGCAACUCUAUCUGAAAGUAGUCGAGAAGUUGAGACUGAAAGAGCUGGAAUCAAUCCUAAGAAUGAAUCUGAGCUUCGGGGCUAUCGGAUUUAUCGUGACAGCGGCUCCACUUGUUGUAACCCUUGUGACAUUUGGAACCUACUCACCCAUCAGCGGUGAAGCCCUGACUCCGGACAAGGCCUUCGCCUCCCUCGCCCUGUUCAAUUUACUCGCCAUCCCACUCUUCAUGUUACCCCUGGUGACCGCCCAACUCGUCAACGGCAUCAUCAGUACCAGACGACUGCAGCGAUUCUUUAUGGCGCAGGAGGUGGAGAAACAAAGCGCGGGAAACGAUUGGCGGGAAAGAGAUGUGAAGAGUGGCGAUUCGGGGGUGGAUUAUAAUCAAAAUGGUUUUGAAGAAACGAAUGAAUUCGUCUGCGAGGAUGACGUAGAUGAAACGACGCUCAUGAUACCAAUCAAGGAAGUGAAGCCAAAGGGCGCCCUCAAAUAUGGUGCAACCAAUUCCUUCCAGAAAAGUAAACUACCUCCUACAGUUAGUAUAAGGAUCAGUGAUGGAAAUUUCACCUGGGACAAGAACAGCAUCAGACCGAUCCUUGCAGAUAUCGACAUUGAAAUUCCAUCGGGUAAGUUGACGAUGAUUAUUGGAGGUGUUGGAAGUGGCAAGUCGUCCCUGGUGUCCGCUAUGCAGGGCGAGAUGACCACAUUGUCUGGCAGUGUUCAAUACAGCGGGAGUAAAAUGUCCGUGGCGUAUGCAUCACAGAAAGCUUGGCUGAUGAACGCAACUCUGCAAGACAACAUCCUGUUUGGAGAGAGGUUCAACUUCAGAAAAUACAAGAAGACCAUUGAUGUGUGCGCCAUGAAACCAGACAUUGAUAUCUUACCAGGAGGAGACCAGACUGAGAUUGGAGAGAAAGGGAUUAAGCUGAGCGGUGGACAGAAGCAGAGGAUUAGCGUGGCUAGGACGGUCUACUCGGGCAGAGAUAUCAUUAUCUUGGAUGAUCCACUGUCUGCUUUAGACGUCCAUGUUGGAUCACAUGUCUUCCAGAAAGCUAUCGUGGGCACUUUGCUGCGUAAGAAGCAAACCGUCGUCUUGGUAACGCAUCAAUUACAAUACCUCCACCACGCCCAUAAGAUCAUCGUGAUGAAAGACGGGAGGGUUGCCCAUCAAGGAACCCUCGACGAUAUCAUCGAGGAAUCCCCUGAUCUCUAUAGCGAGUACCAAAGAGCCGUCAAGUUCUCAGAGUCGGAAUCGGAAUCCCAAGAGAGCAUGCGCGGAAUGUCAGACAAUGAAAAGGAACGCAUCAUCAAGAGGCAAAUCUCGCGAGAAUUGUCUGCAGAAACACGUACCAUGGCAACAGGAACCAAACUGAUCGAUGAUGAAGCGAUGGAACAUGGUUCGGUUUCUUACAGCGUGUAUCUAUUCUACUGCCGGGCAGCAACGUGGAUCGUAGCCGUCGGUUAUGUUGCAUCGUACGUGGCCAAUUCUGGAUUUACCGUGGGGACCAACUUCUGGCUCGCCACUUGGUCGGAGGCCGAAAUCGCCAACGACAACUCAACCGAUAUCCAACCACUGUCCUACUAUAUUGCGGGCUACGCAGGGCUCUCCUUUGGUGGUGUUUUGACCAUUUUCAUCGGCAGUAUGUUAAAUGUUAUAGGCGCAUAUCUUGCCUCGAAGGAAUUACAUGUAACAAUGCUGCGGAACAUCAUCAUGUCUCCAAUGAGAUUUUUUGACACAACUCCUCUUGGUCGUAUCCUGAAUCGACUGGCGAGUGAUACAGAUAUCAUGGACAAGAAACUGUUCCAGAGCAUAGAUGCUGUGGUUUACUUUCUCGUGGGUUAUAUCAGUGGAGUGAUUGUCAACUGCAUCAUUCUGCCGAUAUUCGUUAUCUUCGCUGUCCCUUUGGCCGUGUGCGGUUACUUCGUGGCCAAAUUCUACAUCACGACUUCAAGAUCCCUGCAGCGACUAGACAGCGUAACCAAGUCUCCAAUAUUCGCCCACUUCUCGGAAACUCUGAGCGGUCUACCAACAAUACGGGCUUACAGGGACCAGAAUCGGUUCUACGAAGUUCUCUUGAAGAAAUUGAACGUGAACAACACGGCCUUCCUAUACCUUCUAACAACGCAUAGAUGGAACGGAGUCAGACAGGAGACUAUCGGAGCGAUUGGGGUUUUAGUGGCAGGCGUUGGAACCAUCAUUAGUUCCAUCAAUGGAACGAUUGAACCCAGCAAAGUUGGACUGGCUAUAUCCUACACAAUAUGGGUUGCAAAUUUCAUGAAAUCGGCCAUCCGUUUCGCUGCCGAGACAGAAAUGCAAAUGAAUGCUAUCGAGAGAGUCAAAGAAUACACCAGUGUGCCGAACGAAAACUAUUUGGGUACGGAGCCCGCUGUCGACUGGCCGAAGCACGGUGCAAUCACAAUGCAAGGAAUCUCAGUACGAUACGCAGCAGAGCUUGAACCAGUCCUCAAAAAUAUAUCACUCACAUUCCGCUCAGGAGAAAAGGUUGGGAUCUGUGGUCGCACUGGUAGUGGGAAGUCAUCCCUCACGCUGGCACUCUUCAGAAUUAUUGACACUUACGAAGGUCGCAUUCUUAUUGAUGACGUGGACAUCAACAAUGUUCCUCUUAGCACACUAAGACAACGCAUAGCAAUCAUCCCACAAGAUCCCAUCUUAUUCAACGGCACAAUCAGAUACAACCUCGAUCCCGAAGACAUCCGAAGUGAUUCAGAUUUGUGGCACAGUUUAGAGAUCGCUCAACUGAAGGAAACAGUGAAGCAGAUGCCAAGAGGACUAGAUUCGGAGGUAUCUGAGGGUGGGGAGAAUUUCAGCGUUGGUCAGCGGCAGCUCUUCUGUUUGGCUCGUGCUUUCUUGAGACGUUCUCGGAUCCUCAUCAUGGAUGAGGCUACAGCAUCCAUAGAUAUUGAGACGGAUAAAAUUCUCCAAGAAGUUGUGGCGACCGUUUUUGCAGACUGCACUGUUCUGACAAUAGCUCAUCGAGUGGCGACCAUUUUGGAUUCUGACACCAUCUUGACGCUGAGUGACGGGAAGGUAGUGGAGUAUGAUACGCCAGAAAACCUGCUCACAGACCCCAACAGUAUAUUUGGGUCUUUGGUCAAAUCUGAUAAAUAA